AUGUCGACGAACGAAUCGCCAGCAGCGGCUUUGGAGCCAGCUCACACAUUUGCGCCAAACCAAGGAUACGAUUAUGCCAACAACGACCAAGAACAAGCUGGUGGUGUUUUACUGGACGAGGGCAUUGAGGAUGAACAGGACGACUACUACGAUGACUUGUUCGAGGACAGCGCCGACGAGGUCAACGACUCAGAAAUUACUUUUUCCAACCCUGCCGACUUCACCAAAUCAUACAACCGCCAGAGACGUCUGAACGACGAUCAAGUCUCCUCGAUCCAAAAGCCCAAGACCAAUCCUGCCGGCCACAAGCCUACCGCCAAUACUCGUUCGAGCGUCGAUGAUCAGGUCCAAAGCUUGGCCCAACAUGCUUCUAAGCUGCGCCUUAACAAUCUCGAGGCUGGCUUUGGCGGCGGCAAGCAAGAAAGAGGAGGCGGCAAGGACAAGAGCGACCGCGCCACCAGCGAACAAGUCUUGGAUCCUAGAACACGCAUGAUUCUUCUGCAACUCCUGAACAAGAAUGUUGUUUCCGAGAUCAACGGCGUUUUGUCAACCGGAAAGGAAGCCAACGUCUACCAUGCUGCAACAAUCCCCGAGUCCCACGACGACUCCGAAGGUCCUGCUGCCCCUCUACACAGAGCCAUCAAGGUCUACAAGACGAGUAUUCUGGUCUUCAAGGACCGCGACAAGUACGUCACUGGAGACUUUAGAUUCCGUGGCGGCUAUAACAAGAGCGACAACCGCGCCAUGGUCAAGGUCUGGGCGGAGAAGGAGUUCAGAAACUUGCGUAUUCUACACGCCGCCGGUAUUCCCUGCCCUGACCCUCUUUACCUCCGUCAACACGUCAUGGUCAUGAGCUUCCUGGGCAACAAGAAGGGAUGGCCCGCACCUCGUCUGAGAGACGUCGACUUCCAAUUAUCCACCGAAGAGGAGAAUGCCGCCAAGUGGAGAGAGAUGUACAUUCAGUUGCUCGGCUACAUGCGCGUUAUGUACCAGACCUGUCGCCUGGUCCAUGGUGAUUUGAGUGAAUACAACCUGAUGUACCACCAAGGUCGCAUCUUCGUCAUUGACGUUAGUCAAAGUGUUGAGCACGACCACCCGCGUUCCCUCGAGUUCCUGCGUAUGGAUAUCAAGAACAUUAGCGAUUUCUUCGCUCGCAAGGGCAUCGACUGUCUGCCCGAGAGAGCCAUCUUCGGUUUCAUCACAUCUGAACAAGGCGGUGUUGAGACUUCUCAGAUGGAGGACCUCAUUGCCAAGAUGUACGAGACCAGAGAACAACAAGGUAACCAAGAUGACGAGGAAGUCGACAACCAAGUUUUCAGACAACAAUACAUCCCCCAGACUCUCGAGCAAGUUUACGAUGUCGAGCGCGAUGCUGCACGAGUGCAAAAAGGAGAAGGCGAUGACCUCGUCUACAAAGCCCUUCUUGCAAACAAGACCGCCAACGGCACCGAAGACGCUGAGAAUGACAGCGAUGCCGAGGGCUCAGAAAGCGAAGAGUACGAUUCAGAAGACCCUGACCGACCGCGUAGGAAGCGCAACGAGGGCGAGAGACCCAGAGGCAAGCGUUUCGUAGACAAAGAUACCAAAAAGGAGCACAAAAAGGCAGUCAAAGAGGAGAAGCGCGAGAAGAGAAAGGAGAAGAUGCCCAAGCAUCUCAAGAAGAAGCUCAUCAGCGGUUCUUCUCGCGGCAAGCAUUAG